AAAUAGUGCCUAAUCAGCUGUAUAGCUCACAGUAAGGUCAUUCUCCCUCUCGGCUCUACUUUCGCUAAAGAUGUCUAACUACGAUGAAGCGAGUGAUUCUAGGUCCCAGGACUGGGGUCCCAGGCCCUGACAAUAGAAAUGGACAACCCCAGGAUGCUUCCAAUGCAGAGGAGGGCCCAGGAGGUAUGGAACCUGAAGGCACUAUUGAAAGUAACUGGGAUGAGGUAGUUGAUAAUUUUGAUAAUAUGAAUCUGAAAGAAGACUUACUCAGAGGCAUUUAUGCCUAUGGUUUUGAAAAGCCGUCUGCAAUUCAGCAGCGUGCCAUUAUUCCCUGUUGCAAAGGUAGAGACGUUAUUGCUCAAGCCCAGUCAGGUACUGGCAAAACUGCCACAUUUUCAAUUGCUAUCCUGCAGCAGUUGGAAAUUACAAGAAUGAGCAGCCAGGCUCUGAUUCUUGCCCCCACACGUGAAUUAGCCCAGCAGAUUCAGAAAGUGGUGAUUGCUUUAGGUGAUUACAUGGGUGCUCAGUGCCAUGCCUGUAUUGGUGGUACAAAUGUUCGUGAGGACAUGCGAAAACUUGAAAGUGGGCAACACGUGGUGGUAGGAACUCCAGGUCGUGUGCAUGACAUGAUCAAUCGUAGAGCUCUAAAUGUGAGCGAUAUAAAAAUUUUUGUAUUGGAUGAAGCUGACGAAAUGUUGUCGAGAGGUUUCAAAGAUCAAAUCUAUGAUGUCUUUAGGCUGUUGCCUCACAGCGUACAAGUCAUACUGCUGUCAGCUACCAUGCCAGUUGAUGUGCUUGAAGUGACUAAGAAAUUCAUGCGUGAUCCAAUUAGGAUCCUUGUCAGAAAGGAAGAACUCACCCUGGAGGGUAUUAGACAAUUCUAUAUCAAUGUGGAAAGAGAGGAAUGGAAACUAGAUACCUUGUGUGAUUUAUAUGAAACUUUAACUAUUACUCAGGCCGUCAUUUUCAGUAAUACAAGGCGGAAGGUUGACUGGCUUACUGAAAAAAUGCAGGGAAGGGACUUUACAGUUUCAUCUUUGCAUGGAGACAUGGACCAAAAGGAACGUGAUAUUAUUAUGAGGGAGUUCCGUUCUGGUUCCAGUCGUGUUUUAAUUACCACUGAUCUACUCGCACGUGGCAUUGAUGUCCAGCAGGUAUCAUUGGUUAUCAACUAUGACCUGCCUACCAAUAGAGAAAACUACAUUCACAGGAUUGGACGUGGUGGACGUUUUGGCCGUAAAGGCGUAGCCAUAAAUUUUAUGACUGAAGAUGAUGUUCGCACUCUUCGAGAUAUUGAACAAUUUUAUAAUACUCAGGUUGAUGAGAUGCCUAUGAAUGUUGCGGACUUGAUCUAGAAGCAUUCGGAUUCGUGAUUCUGUUGUCAGUUGCAGUACGACUAUAUGUUAUUCAAAUUCUCUAUUGAAUAGUCCUGUGCGACCACUGCUGCUCCAAAGGAUUCUGGAUAACAAUUAUUACUGUGCUGGCAACGAUUUGACAGUGACGGAUCCACAUUGCUCAACAUCACAACCAGCUUGGUUGUGAACUUUUGGAAUAUAUAUAGAUUUAUUUUAAGUAUUCGUGUGACGGCCUCAAAAGUGCCCACAAUCCGGUGUGACAGUUAAUAAUUCAGUGAAAAGUUGUGCUAAAACACAAAAGGGUAUUAUUAUUGGUUCAGUUUGCUGUACCUGUACUGUUAUUUUUUUUUUGCUUCCUACAUUUGAUAUCGUAUUUAAGUUCACACAUAUAAAUAGUAAUUAAUGUGAAAAAAAGUGAUAUAUUGUAACUUGAACAAUACAAAGGGAUUGCUCACUCUGCGACACCCUCGUAUUUCGUAGAAAACAAAUUUUUAGAGCCUUAGUUGUAGAUUUUGGCAUAUAAAAGUAAAAAAAAUAGCCCCUUGAUAUUCACUGCUGUGAAUAAACUGGGCACUUUCAAACAUUUUGUCACAAAAAACAUUGUAUAUGUAUGCAUAUUGUCAAAUAAAAGGGUAAAAAUGAAGCCUGGCAAAUAUAGAAAUUGCAGUGGAAGGCUUGAUGUUAAUAUAAAAUUGCCUCUUUGCAAGAUGUUCAACCCUAGGUAUAUUAAAAAAUUAAUUUACUUCCGAAAA